AUGUCUGGCCCUUUACUGUACGCGCAGAUCAACAAUCGACUUGUUUUCAAGCUGGCAUCCUUUUCGAAUGAAAAAGAUUCGGUUCUUUCGCUUGGUCCCUCUGACCAAGACGUCAGCAUGGAUUCGGUAGAUUCGUUUCCAGCCAAUGGCGAAAUCUACAAAGUGGCAGGUCUCAUUGGAUGUAUCAAGUUAAAGACCAAUUCGUACGCUAUCAUAGCUCGCAGGGUGGAGGAAUACGGUGCAUUGGUAGGCCAUAAAGUGUUCAAGGUCGUGGAACAUGCUAUCGUUGCCCUGAACAAGCAGGGCAGAAAAGACAGAGACGAACAGCAGUAUCUGGCACUACUGGAGCUACAGCUAUCAAACGCUACGCUGUUCUUCUCGUACACUUACGAUUUGACAAAUUCUGCGCAGAGAAACGAGAAACUGGGACCGUACUCGUGGGAAAACGCAGACACACGUUUUUUCUGGAACCAUUACGCCACGAAACCGUUGCAGAGGCUGGCUGCUCAGGACCAUAGAGCCGCGUCUUUCAUUCAGCCCAUGAUUUUCGGAUACGCCCACUUCAUCGAUUCAAACAUCCAUAAUACGCCCAUAACAAUCGGUCUCGUGACCAGACGGAGCAGAUUUAGAGCUGGCACUAGAUACUUUCGUCGUGGUAUCGAUGCGGACGGCAAUGUUGCCAAUUUCAAUGAAACGGAGCAAUUUCUCGUGACAAAAGCUGCCGGUCAAACGGACCGGUCCGAUUUUUUCGCCUUUUUGCAAACUCGUGGCUCUGUUCCUGUCUACUGGGGUGAAAUAAACAACCUCAAGUACAAGCCCAACGUGGUGCUGGGCCCUAACGCCACCUUGGAUGCCACCACCAAACAUUUCGAUCAGCAGAAAAAGCUUUACGGUGACAAUUACUUGGUCAAUUUGGUUAACCAAAAGGGUCACGAGCUGCCGGUCAAAAAUGCCUAUGAGUCUGCUGUAAGCGGUCUUGACGACCCUCAGAUUCGUUACAUUUACUUCGAUUUCCACCACGAAUGCCGCAACAUGAAGUGGCACAGAGUCAAGUUGCUCUUUGACCAUUUGGAGAAGAUGGGUUUUGAUCCUAAAGACGUAUUCCACAAGACCGUGGCCUUGAAUGGCAGCACUAUCGACGUUAAAAAUGAACAAAAAUCUAUCGUCCGUACGAACUGCAUGGACUGUUUGGAUAGAACAAAUGUCGUUCAGUCGGUACUGGCUCACUGGGUCCUGCAACAAGAGUUUGUCACCUCAAAAGUACUUUCUCAGGACCAUUUAUGGGAACAAGACCUGAAACUUUUGGUACAAUUCCAAAGUUUCUGGGCGGAUAACGCAGAUGCGGUGAGUUUUGCUUAUUCCGGCACUGGUGCGCUCAAGACGGACUUCACGAGAACCGGUAAACGCACCCGUCUUGGCGCCUUUAAGGACUUUUUGAACUCCGUUUCUCGCUACUACCAGAACAACCUUACCGAUGGCCCUAGACAAGACAGUUACGACUUAUUUCUGGGCAAUUUCUCGAUGACUGAUAUUGGAUUUCAAUCUCCAUUCACUGAUAGAAGGCCAUUUACAAUACAAAUAAUACCCACCGUGAUCUGUGCCGCCCUCACUGUAAUUGCGGCCACCAUUUUCUUCCCCAAAAGCCAUUUUACAAGCUCCAAGAAUCUUUCAUUUUUCUGUUUAUCAAGUGCUAUUGUGGCGCUAUCUUUGAAUUAUAUUUUCAAGAACGGUGAGCAGUUUGUGAACUGGCCCAAGCUAACAGACCUGGGGUUCUUGGUCGCCCUUCAGACUCACAACAAGGAGCGUACUUUCAAGGGCAUCAAAUACGUUCAGAGCUCAGAGUUUUCUAGACCUGGAACUUCCAAAAAUGAUUGA